CUUUAUAGGAGCGCGGCGGGGCGCGGGGGGCAGCGCGGCACCAUGGAGUACGCGGAGGCGGACUACUACUACGGGGAGGAGGAGGGCAACGAGACGGGGGAGGCGUGCGAGUGGCAGGCGGACUGGGAGGCGUCCUUCUCGCUGCUGCCCGCGCUCUACACGCUGGUCUUCGUGCUGGGGCUGUCCGGCAACGGGCUGGUGCUGCUGACGGUGUGGCGCGGCCCUCGGGCCAAGCGCCGCUCCGCCGACGCCUACAUCGGGAACCUGGCGCUGGCCGACCUGGCCUUCGUGGCGACGCUGCCGCUCUGGGCCGCCUACACGGCGCUGCGCUUCCACUGGCCCUUCGGCGCGGCGCUCUGCAAGCUCAGCAGCUACCUGGUGCUGCUCAACAUGUUCGCCUCCGCCUUCUGCCUGGGCGGCCUCAGCGCCGAGCGCUACCGCGCCGUGGCCCGAGCCGCGCCGCCGCCCCGC